GGUGGGGGAGGGGGGAGAGGCGGGUGCGGUUGCUUUCACCUGCUUGCCCCAGCUCGAUCCCGGCCCGGAGCAGCGGCGGCGCGGGCUUCCGCUGUCCGCUGGCUGAGGACCUUCAGCUCCCCCUUGGUCCCGCGCCGGCUCCGAAUCCUGUCCGCGGCAGGGGCCAGCGGCCCCUCCCCUCCCCUCCGAGGAUAGAAGAUGAGCUUCCUCUUUAGUAGCCGCUCUUCUAAAACAUUCAAACCAAAGAAGAAUAUCCCUGAAGGAUCUCAUCAGUAUGAACUCUUAAAACAUGCAGAAGCAACUCUAGGAAGUGGGAAUCUGAGACAAGCUGUUAUGUUGCCAGAGGGAGAGGACCUCAAUGAAUGGAUUGCGGUUAACACUGUGGAUUUCUUCAACCAGAUCAACAUGUUAUAUGGAACUAUCACAGAAUUCUGCACUGAAGCAAGCUGUCCAGUCAUGUCUGCAGGUCCAAGAUAUGAAUAUCAUUGGGCAGAUGGUACUAAUAUUAAAAAGCCAAUCAAAUGUUCUGCACCAAAAUACAUUGACUAUUUGAUGACUUGGGUUCAGGAUCAACUUGAUGAUGAAACUCUUUUUCCUUCUAAAAUUGGUGUCCCAUUUCCUAAAAACUUUAUGUCUGUGGCAAAGACCAUUCUAAAGCGUCUGUUCAGGGUUUAUGCCCAUAUUUAUCACCAGCACUUUGAUUCUGUGAUGCAGCUGCAGGAGGAGGCCCACCUCAACACCUCCUUUAAGCACUUUAUUUUCUUUGUUCAGGAGUUUAAUCUGAUUGAUAGGCGUGAGUUGGCACCUCUUCAGGAAUUAAUUGAGAAGCUUGGAUCGAAAGACAGAUAAAUUUUUCUUCUAGAACAGUUACCCUCUUGCUUCAUCUACUGCUAGAGCUAUCUCGUUGCUUUCUGUUAUAGACUAGUGAUACAAAUUUUAAGAAAACAAGAUAAAAAGACACCUAUUGUCUGUGUCUACUGAUAAAAUUGUCCCAAAGGUAGGUUGGCCUAAUACCUUCAGAGUGAGAAAUUCAGGACACAGCUGAAUCUGAGGCACUGUGUGACCACUGCUGUUACUGCCAUAGAGCCAUACUUGGUUGUAGAAUGUGAGGACUAACCUGUAGUUUAUUAGUUUACUUACUCUUUUACUGAAGAAGAUGAUCGACUCUGUUUCAGGUGACAGCACGAUGGAUAUUAAGAAUUUCCAAUAAUUUAUUAACAGGUUUCCAGAACAAAUUUCCUAAUAAUGCAAUCACAGAUCAGUUUUAUUCUGCUUUUAUUUUACAAAUAGAAGAGGUGUUCUAAAAUUUCCUUAAGAUUUAGAACAUUUGUGUCACUUUGGAUAACCUUGUAGUUUGAAGUUUGUAUGCUAGUGUUUUUAUAGGUAAGAUUAUAUAUAUGUAUAUUUUUUCAAAAUCCAUGAUUGCAGUUUAAAUCAUCAUAUGACAUGUGGUAUGGGAGUAACCAAAGUCAUUUCUAAAAGGACUUUAUUUUUUAAUCUUUAUUUGGGAUUUUAUUCACAUAAACCUAUCUAAAUUUUUAGUGUGUGUGUAUCAAAUAAUUUUUUUAAGGCAUCUAAGGAUCGUCUUGCAGAUUUUUAUUUUGAAAUGCUUCAUUCAGAUUAAUUUUAAUAUGUAGGUUUUGGCUGAGAAAAGAAAAACUUCCAAAAAAUUAUGACAAAUUUGGGUCUCAUAAACCAUUAUUUUCAUUCAUGUUUGUUUCAGAGGCCUUAAAAUUUGGAUAGGAGAAUGGAAGAAAGUACUCAGAGUACUUGACUAUUUUAUUUUGAGUUUUCCUUUAAAAAGAAACUACUUUUAUACGUUUUUAUUGUGACUUGAGACUUAGUUAAGUGUAGUGUAGAAAUGCACGAACCUUAUCCCAAUAAGGAUAAAACGUAAGGAAAACCACAAUAAAAAACCUUGAAGGUGUACACAUUUUAUAACCCAGCUAAAAGUUUGAUGUGCUGCCUGUUCUUUAAUGUGUGUGUGUGUUGGGCGAGGGGGGGUAAUAUGUUUAAAGGAGACAAAAUGGGAUAAGUUAAAAAAAAAAAAAAAAGAAAACUUCAUCUGUUAAUAGUCAAAGGAUGGAUUGGGAUUUUAUUCUGUUUUGUUUCUGUGUUAAAACUUGAAAUUAUUCUAUUUCUAUUGGGAUAAAAAGAAUCUUUAAGGAAGAAAAGAUCUAAUUUUCUUUAGGUUUCUAAGAUUUAGACUGUUUAAAAUGUAAUGAGGCACACAUAUUACUAAAGACUUGCCAGACUGGCAACACUUUAAUUUCAUCAAUGUUCUUCGUUUCAGAGCUAUGAUUUUUUUUUGCAAAGUACUCACCAUCUUCCAUCUUGAUACCUUUGGUUAAGGUUAAAUUUGAUAGGGUUUUAUUUUUAUUAUUCCACUAGAAUGUAAAGAAAAGAAUUGCUUAGAAACUCCAUUUUUGUAAUAAUCCAAUUUCAAUAAUUUCUUAAAUAUAUGUAGAAUUUUAAAGGAAACAAAACAUUUUAUCUGAUUUAGGCUGAAACCGUACAUCGUUGUUUUGGGAAAUAAAGAGUAGAAAAAUCCCUUAUGAAAAAAAAGAGAAAAGCCCUCUAUGAAACAUUCCAUAAUCCAUGUUUUAAGAAUAUCCAAAGUCCCUGUCACACAUUCUGUAUGUUUAUGUUGAUCAUUUCCAAACAAGAAAGACGGUUUUUACAUGCCACCUAGAAUGUUACUGACUCUUGACUUUGAACAUUGUUGGCUUUAAGUAUGCAAGGAAUGAAAUAUUUCUCACCUAGGAUUGUACUUUCAUCAUUUCUAAUAUUUCACAUAUCAUCAAACAAAAGGAUUCUCACUUUUCUCCAUUUAUUUUCAGUGGUAGAAAUCCUCCCUCUCUUCAUGACUCAGCCCAAAAACUAACUAAAGAUGGCCACAUUUAGGACAGUAGUAGAGGCAGCUUAAUAAUGGGACAUAAAUUUUAAAAUUUGUUGGUAAUUUGGGAAUUCAGGUAAUUCAGAAUGUCCUUUUUUUUUAAAAAAAAUAAAAGCAUUACUAGGUUCCCAAGCUAAUCUGGCUUAACCAACAAUGCAUCUAAACAUUGGUGUUAACAUUAUUUGUUUACAUACAAGGCCAGGGAGUUGAGAACAGGAGAGUUGGAGGAAGGGGAGAGAAUAGGGAGAGGAUGACACCUUUCUGACUUGGCUGGAGGGCCAACCUUUGAUUAAAGUUGGAAGAAAUCAGUCUCUCUUUGACUCCUCUCAAUCUUGAUUUAUCUCCCUGAGUAACACUCAUUCGCCUGGCUCCUCCUAAUCAGAAGUCAUCUCUCAGUGUCUGAUCACUGCCCUUCACACCUGACUAAAAUCAUGGGUUGGACAGUACUUGCUAAAUUAUGCAGUUAAUCCUAUGGUGCUUUAAUUUCCAGGCCUUUAAAAAAAACUUCUGGCCUGGAAAGUUUUUUUUAAAGGCCUGGAAAUUAAAGCACCAUAGGAUUAACUGCAUAAUUUAGCAAGUACUGUCCAACCCAUGAUUUUAGUGCAGGUUUUUGUUUAAAUAGUGCAACUUCCUUGUACUACAGUUUUUGUAUUGACAGCCAGAUGUAUCCUUUAUUCUCCAAACUGUGAAUAAAGUGAUUUUUAGUGAGCUGCCAGCUAACAAAGUAUUUCCUUUCAUCUUAGACUUGUAGAUCCCUAGCUCAUGUAGCUGCUUGAGAAAUGCACAUCUGUAUUCAUGAUUACAUUGAUAACAGCAAGAGGAAGGUUUUUCUAGUAAUGCAAGAGGAACAAUUCUGGUGGUGAUUUUAAUUUUUCAAAUAUUGUUGACGUUUCUUGAUUAUACUCUUGGCCUUCUCUCUGAGCAGUGAGGUCACAUUAGAAGUGGAGAAGCUUCUAAACAUAUCAUCACCUUAUAAGCAUAAAUAAAUCAUUACUGAAGAGUAUAAAUCCUAGAAAUUUGUUUCUAAGCAACUCCAGUCAUGAUGCUGUUGUUACCCUUGCCUGGUUGUAUGAGGCUGUCUCUCCUGUCUAGAAUUCUGGCCUGAAAAUACCAGCUGGUACACCAAACUAAGCAGCUUCAACAGGGACAUUAUUUCCUCCUAAUAUCAGUUCAGUAACUGGAUUUGGUUUUUUACUAUUGUACAAUUCUGGCAAAGAGGGAAGAUAAGUAGUUCCUCAGUGUUCCUUUGUUUUGCAUUAGAUUUUGAUAUUUCAGACUGUAAAGGGCUUUGGGGGAUGCUAUUGAUAUUACCUGUGAUAGCAGUAAUUUUAUUGAAGCAACUGCAUUGAAAUUCACUUGGGUUUUCUCUCAUUAUCAGGUUCUUUUCCAAACAAGUAUUCUGUAAAUCCAAAUGGAUUACCAGUGUGCUAUAGAUUUAUUAUAGAACAACAUUCUAUGUUUGGUCUACAUUUAAAAUAGUUUAAGUUAGUCUUGGUUAUCAUCUAAAAUAUUUUUAAAUGUUCUUUACAUGAAAAUUUAUUUUGUAUUUUUAAACCUUUAGGGGCUUUAUCUAUUUUUCUAAGUCAGUUAACUGUACUUUUAAAAAAAUAUAUUUUGUAUCUACUUUUGUAACUUCAUCAGAAUAAAAUAUAUUGAAAGAAA